AGGGUCGGUCUUGGUCUUGGUGUCGGCCUGGGACUUAUCUAGCUAGCGGAUGUUGUUGACAUUUGAGGGAUUUGGGCAGCUCUCGAGCGGACGUCUUUUGCCUGCACAUUUCAGUUGUCGAGUGAAUCUCAACUUGAACACUUCGGUUCAGUUCAGUUCAGUUCGGUUUAGUUUCAAAAGGGCAGUCGGAGAAAUGAAGCAAGAGAGAAUUUCUGGAUGUCUCUGUGUAUGGUUGUGGUUGUGGCUGGGCCUCUUAGGCAGUAGUAUGGCACUCAGAGAGCAUUACUGUGAACGAAAUGUUACGGUUAGCCGCGUGGUACCAGUGACCAAGCAGCGUACGAUAGUCAAACAACCAUCGAAGUGGACACCAUGGAAAAAGACAAAGCAGAUAACAGAGACUUAUAGCACACAAGAGGAGCAGAUAAGCUAUAGGCUGGUCUCUGAGUGCUGCCCGGGAUAUCUGCAGAUGGAGUCAGGGCUCUGUGAGCCCAUCUGCGAUCGAGGUUGCCCAGCCUUUGCCAGUUGUGUGGCGCCCCAGCGCUGCCAGUGCACAGCAGGCUAUGUCUCCGCUCUCGACCAUCGCGAAGGGAGCCAUUACUGCGAGCCAAUCUGCGAGCGCAGCUGCCCAACUGGCUCAGAGUGUGUGGCUCCCAAUACAUGCGCCUGCAGGGAUGGCUACAAGGCUAAGCAACCUACUGGCGAUGCUGUGAGUGCACCCUGUGAGCCAACUUGCCAGCUGGGUGAUGGCUGUGCCAAUGGCCAGUGUGUCGAUGUGGAGCGCUGUGUCUGCAAUGAGGGCUUCUCGUGGAGCAUGUUGAGCCACAGCUGUGAGUCUUUGAGCGAAGACGAAGUUUCCAGAAUUGAGGAGAUUCAACAGAGCACAAUGACUGCAAUAUCUGAGACUGCAGAGACUGCGACGGUUGCUGCCGAUUGCCCCGAGGGAUUUGUCCUCUAUGUGGGCGAGUGUCGAGCCGAGCUCUUUGAGAGCAAUGAAUCAACAUCCAAGGACUGUCGCAAGACUGGCUGUGGUCCACAUCAAACAUGCAAUGAGCUGGGUAACUGCAGCUGCAACGCUGGAUAUCUUGAGGAUGAGAAAAAGGAGGAGAGCUCGAUGCUUUCGUGCCAUCGCAGUCUUCUGGGGGAUAUUCUAAGCAUUGAUCAGGCCGCCGAUGAUGAGGAUGAGCUGAAUAUGUUCACCAUUCCAAUACUAGGUGUCGCCUCAGGCAUGUUGUUCGUUCUGUUAAUUGCAGGUUUGAUCACUCGUCUGCGACGAGGACGUGGAGGCGACCGCAAUGACGACUCACAGCCCAAGGAGGCGGUCCUGCAAUGCGAAUUCACGCAGAAAUCAUACGAUGUGGAUGAAUGGGUACCAUAAGGACUUCAUGGUAUCUGAAAGGGCUGUGUUAGUUGAAUUUUGAUUGCGAGUUGAUAAGAUAAUAAGAAAUACAUUUUAAACAGUUUAUAAUGCAAUUCUAAAAUUCAUCUAUUUUUUAUAAUUAGAUUAAAUACUUUUACUGCAGAUAAUUUCUAGAUUUAUUUGUUUGGUCAUAUGGCUAUACUUUGGCAAGAGAGAAAGAGAGAGAAAAAAAAACUAGGAGGCAGUCUAACCUCUCACUACAUAUACUCUUUGUUGCUUAUAGAUUCUAUUUAAACAUUUUAUGAGUUUCCAUUGGUCUCAUUUCUAUUCUACGGACGGGGCUCUAAAAUAUAUUACAUUCGUCGCAUUUAAAAUAAUAUUUACAUUGAAGUCGAUGCGUGAAUAUACGAAAAAUGUGUUGAAAAAAUAUACAGGAAAAUCAAAAAAUUAUAUAAAAUUAUAAUUAAUAGAUUUUCUCGCAUGGGAAAAAAGUGAAGAUUUGUAGAUUUUAAAUUUAAGGAAAUCAUAAUGAAUUCUUAUCUUAAGCUUUAGUUAUACUGCU